CGACUCGAUCACCGUCACGGUGCAUACAUACGGCAAUCGUGUAUCGUACACAGACACGCACCAGUCAGAUCCAGAACGCAACAGCUGCAACAACUCGACGAGAUUGCCUUGCCACACUCACUCUUGUUGGCUCAUCCUCAAUCCCUGCUCUCCAUACACAAGGAUUCUUCAUCUACUGAACAGUAUCAUUAUCGUCGCUGGACGGUCACACCUCGACAGACCCUGCGGCCCUCUUUCUUGCCCAUCACCAUCGUAGCAUCAGUAUUCGUCACCACCAGAGCGAUCCCAAAGCGCAGAGGGCCCCCUCCUCACUCAUUUCUCCCUUGCUGGCACUCUUAAGUCGUCAUCGAGAAGCUUCAGACUUGGGCAUCGACCUCUAGCAGGUCCCUCAUAGAGCGCGCGGGGCGCUGCCAAGCGCAUCCCCAUUGCAAUGCCAGUCCUUCAAUCCUCAGCGAUCGCAGGUGCCUGUGCAGGUCUGGUGUCAAGCAUCGUCACGUGCCCAUUGGACGUAGUCAAGACUCGUCUACAGGCUCAAGGUGCUCUUCCCACGCCCGGUCCGCCUCCAAGCUCGAGCACUGGCGCGGGACAGCCUUCAAUCCCCAAGAACGCUGGACGGGUCGCAACCCAUGGCGCUUAUCCGAGAAGCGCUGAUGCCGGCGCUUCUAAAGCAAAGUCGGAGCUCGACCUCGCGGCAUCUAGAAAUCCCGAUGGUGCUGGCGGCAGUGCGGCAACCCGAAUGGGUGGCCCUCAUGCUGCCACACAGACACACCCUCUGAAGCUCAGCGAGCUUCGACUGCAGGUAGAGGAGAGGAACAAGUCUGAAUUGGAGAGGCAGAGAGCAGCGGAAAAGAGGUACAGAGGACUGUCCGCGACCGUUCGGAGGAUAUGGCAGACGGACGGAUUGCGAGGCUUCUACAGAGGUCUUGGGCCCACCAUAUUCGGCUAUUUGCCCACUUGGGCGAUCUACUUCACCGUGUAUGAUGGCUGCAAAGACUUUCUGAGUCGUCGCAAGCAAGGAGAGCACGAGGACGACUUUCUCAACCACAUCCUCAGUGCGAUGACGGCGGGUGCUGCCUCUACUUGCGCCACAUCGCCUCUUUGGGUCGUCAAAACUCGCUUCAUGCUUCAGUCAUCCUCUUCCACAGAUGGCGUGAGGCGGUAUAGACAUACAGGCGAUGCCUUCGUACAAAUUUGGAAGACCGAAGGAAUCAGGGGCUUCUAUGCUGGACUGUUGCCCAGUCUGUUCGGGGUCAGUCAUGUCGCAGUACAAUUUCCGCUCUAUGAGAGCUUCAAGGCGUGGAGUCGGAAUCAUUGGCAAACGGACGAGCUCCAACCCAGCAUCAUCUUGACGUGCUCGAGUGGAGCCAAGAUGAUCGCUAGUGUCCUGACCUACCCGCACGAGGUCUUGAGAACACGUCUACAGAUGCAGCCUCGAGUGGCAGCGGCAGCGGCAGCCGCCGCUGCAGCCGGGGAAGGCAAUCACGCGGCGCCGAGUCAUCUUUCACUCUCGCAAGUGCAGCAAAGCGCUGCAGCCGCAAAUGCAGGUGGGGCCCGGCGAACCUUGUCUACGCUGGUUUCUGCUCCUAGAGGAAGGUCUGGGGGAACCGCUGUCACAUCUGCGCAUUUAGGUAACGCGCGGCGCAUCUCCAAUAUGGGCAACAGAGGUCAUGGAGGAAAGUACAAGGGGGUCUUGCACGCCUGCGCAAUCAUUGCUAGGGAGGAAGGUGUUAGAGGAUUCUACAGGGGAAUGGGUGUGAAUUUGGUGCGGACCGUGCCCAGCUCUGCUCUGACCAUCUUGACUUACGAGGUCAUGAUGCAGCACCUCACCGCUAGCCCUGAUGGUGAUGAUCACUACGAAGGUGAAGACGGGCAGCCCGACGCAGUCUCGGACGACCAGUCGCGCUCGUAAAAGGCAUGUUGAGGACAGGAAUGCCCAGCCAUUCUGCUCGACGCUAAGCCACCAAACAAGUUCGCCAGCCGUUGGUUCGCCUUAGCACUCAUCGUGAUGCAAUUUGCGAGGUGCAUCUAUAGCCUCGAUGAGCAGCAUAAUCAGUCUCGAAGGUGCGAGCUUCGUGCGAGCCACUUUUACCAGCGUUCUGAUGGGGCACCGAAUAUGCAUUUGCUUCCCACCGAGUCUGCACUCGAACAGCACUGUCCCUUUCACCCGCUUCGCAAGCCUUCAUUUUGCACAAUGUUACAUAGCAUAGAUAC